AUGAAGUUCGAGCAGUUAGCCUUCACAUGGAUGGAACGACAGAAAUUGGGCGGCUCGUAUUCGUCGCACAGAGCGCAAAGUGAGAAGCACGUGGUAGUUUGCAGUACGACACUGCAAGCUGACACUAUUAUGGACUUUCUAAAUGAGUUUUACGCUCAUCCCUUGUUGCAGGAUUAUUACGUGGUGCUAUUGUCACCGAUGGAACUCGAUACCACGAUGCGAAUGAUCCUGCAAGUGCCGAUUUGGGCACAGAGAGUGAUCUACAUACAGGGUUCAUGCCUGAAGGAUGGCGAUCUCGCUAGGGCGAGAAUGAACGAGGCGGAAGCUUGCUUCGUAUUGGCAGCGAGAAAUUACGCCGAUAAAACCGCUGCUGACGAACACACGAUACUCAGAUCGUGGGCGGUGAAAGAUUUCGCGCCCAACGUUCCUCAGUAUGUUCAAAUCUUCCGUCCGGAAAACAAACUCCACGUGAAGUUCGCAGAACACGUGGUGUGCGAGGAUGAAUUUAAAUACGCCCUUUUGGCAAACAAUUGCACGUGUCCUGGCGCGUCGACAUUAGUUACCCUGUUGCUGCACACAUCCAGAGGACAAGAAGGGCAACAGUCUCAGGAAGAAUGGCACAGACUAUAUGGUAAAUGUUCUGGCAACGAGAUUUAUCACAUAAUUCUCGGCGACUCUCGUUUUUUUGGGGAGUACGAGGGAAAAUCCUUCACCUACGCGUCCUUCCAUAGCCACCGAAAAUAUGGAGUUGCGCUUGUCGCAGUCAGACCGGCAGAACUUCCGGAAUUUUACGAGGAUACUAUCCUGUUGAAUCCUGGUAAUCUCACGACACAAUACCAGUGUUUUUAG